UUAAGAUUAUUAUGACUUGUAAGUUAGAUUAAAUUGAAAUUAACAGAUGUACACUGUGCUAUGAUUAUAUUGUCUUUUUAUUGUUAAAUUUUAAAUCAUUUAGCGCUAUAUACAUUGCCUAAGUCGAUGGUCUGUGUAAAAAAAAAUAAAAUACUGAUAAAGUGAUAACGAUAAGAUUUUAGAGAAAAUGCAGUUGCUUAUAAUCUGUGGUCUUUAUUCUUAAGUCGGGCAUGAGAUAAAAAAACUUAUCGUUUAAAAUUUAUUUUUCACAAAGUAACCAUAUUUUAAUAUGAACUUAUUAUUGCAAGGAAUGAAAAAUUUGGUACUGAGUAAGACAUUGGUUGAAUCAGCUAGGAGUAUGGCAUCACUCAAUCAAAUGCACAAGACUGGUCCUCAUAAAAAACCAAUAUUCAAACGGAACCCAUUGGGCGAUAAUCCAUUUUUAAAAGGUGUUAUCCUGAAGACUUUGAUUAGAAAACCAAAAAAACCAAAUUCAGCUAACAGGAAGUGUGUUUUGGUUCGGCUAAGUAAUGGUAAAGAAAUGAUAGCAUACAUACCAGGUGAAGGUCAUAAUCUCCAAGAACAUAAUGUUGUAUUAGUUCGUAAUGGACGGUGCAAAGACUUGCCGGGUGUAAAAAUAACAUGUGUAAGAGGCAAAUUUGAUUUACCUCAUGUUGUUAAAAAAACACAGACCAAUUCAUAACUUUAAAUUAUCACCAUUUUUGGUUUAUUUUGUAAAUUAUUAGUCAUUAAUAAAAUAAUAUAAAUUUUA